UGCAUCUGUAGCGAGCCUAUAAAGGUGGCUUUGCCCAGCGGCUUGCGGCUUGUUCCAUCGAAUGCAACGCAACGCCUGACGUUUGACAUGACGUUACACAAAACGAUGGGAAUACUUUUGCUGUUGCUGGUGCACCUGGCGGCCAUACAAGCACAAGAGGGUGAAGAAGCAGCAGCAGAUCCAGCAGCAGAUCCAGCAGCAGAUCCUGCAGCAGGAGACGAAGCAAUAACUGCGACAACCGUAGGGGAUGGAGUUGCGACUGGAGAAGCCACAACCACAAUGGGAGCCGAGAAGGACCUAGAGAUAGCGGACAAUAAAGAUGCUAACGGGCCAAACGAUGCAGGUUCCAAGCUGGAAGCAGACGCUGGAACAGAGUCCAAGCCAGAGCCAGGAGCGGAUGGUGGGUCAGAGUCCAAGCCACAGCCAGGAGCAGACGCUGGAACUGAGUCCAAGCCAGAGCCAGGAGCGGACGGUGCCACAGAAUCCAAGCCACAGCCAGAAACAGACGCUGGAAAAGAGUCCAAGGCAGAGCCAGGAACAGACGCUGGAAAAGAGUCCAAGCCAGAGCCAGGAACAGACGCUGGCACAGAGUCCAAGCCAGAGCCAGGAGCAGACGGUGGAACAGAGUCCAAGCCACAGGCAGAAGCAGACGGUGGAACAGAGUCCAAGCCAGGGGCAGCCGGUGGUUCAGAGUCCAAGCCAGAGCCAGGGGCAGACGGUGGAACAGAAUCCAUGCCAGGGGCAGACGGUGGAACAGAAUCCAAACCAGAGCCAGGAGCAGACGGUGGAACUGAGUCCAAGCCAGAGCCAGGGGCAGACGGUGGCACAGAGUCCAAGCCAGAGCCAGGAGCGGACGGUGGAACAGAAUCAAAGCCACAGCCAGGAGCGGACGGUGGAACAGAAUCAAAGCCACAGCCAGGAGCAGACGGUGGAACUGAGUCCAAGCCAGAGCCAGGAGCGGACGGUGCCACAGAAUCCAAGCCACAGCCAGGUGCAGACGGUGGAACAGAAUCCAAGCCACAGCCAGGAACAGACGCUGGAAAAGAGUCCAAGCCAGAGCCAGGAGCAGACGCUGGCACAGAGUCCAAGCCCCAGUCAGGAGCAGACGAUGGAACAGAAUCCAAGCCACAGCCAGGUGCAGACGGUGGAACAGAGUCCAAACCAGAGCCAGGAGCAGUCAGUGCCACAGAAUCCAAGCCACAGGCAGAAGCAGACGGUGGAACAGAGGCCAAGCCAGACGACACAGACGACACAGACGACAAAGACGACACAGACGACACAGACGACACAGACGACACAGACGACUCAAAUGACGAUGCGGCAUAUGGUCUUGAUUCGCCAAGGACCUCAACCGUUUACUUCAAUGACCUGACGCCCGGAACGAAUCCUACUCCACCCCCUGAACCCUCCACCACCACUGGCCUAAUUGAUCUGAUGACCUACAUGCCGAUUGACGAGAAUGGCGGUGAUCCGUUUGUGAGUCCGGGAGCCGGCCACAAGCCCGGCUCUCGGCACGUGAAGGCUCACGAUGGCUUCCACAGUCUGACGACGGAGCAGUAUUGGGCGCACUGGAACGAUCGAUUCACGACAAAUAGCGGGCAUCACAGUAAAGAUAUGCUCCAGUAGUGAAUGGAAUAGCAUGGAAUGGGAUGGGAUGGGCUGGGCUCGGAGGCUGUAAAUUAGACACAGGGGCUAAAAUUCUACAAUUAUAAAUUAUAAAAGAAGAGGGUGCGAUAUGCCAGUUAUUUCUUAUUUAAUAAACGCGUACAUUGUGUAAUGGAAAACCUA